CGUUUCGUCCAAAUCUCUCGAAACGAAAACCGAUUCUUAUUUCUUAUAUAUAUUAAAAAACCGAUUCUUAUUUCUUAGAAGUUAAAACCCUACUACUCCAGAAAAUCAACGGUUUGCCAGUUUUCUCCGAUUGCAACUAACCAGUUGCUAGGAGCUAAUUCGUCUGCCGAAUUUUGCUCGCAGUUUACCUCUCUCUAUAUCCAGCCGAAGCUCAUACGUCUCCAAAUGGAGGGAUUGCAGAGUUUUGUCCGCAACGUCUCAAAGGAGAUACAGUCCGUAACUUCCGCUCCUUCCUCGUCGGAGAACUCGUACGAUCUCGGUGGGAAAUUAGGAGCCGCCACUGCUACUUUAUCUUCUUCUACUGCCAACCACUCUCGUGUUCUGACGGUCAGGCCCCCCAGGAACAUGGUGUCUGCAUGGACCUGCUCCAAGCUCUGUUUGUUUUUCUUUGCUGCUGGUAUCGUGGCUGGUUAUACAUUGAAGAGGCGUGUCCGUGGCUGGGCUUCUAGGCUGCUCAGGAGGUUGAAAGAUGACUGACAGCCACCAGUAAGGCUUCUUCAUCUGUAAUUCGUUGGACAAAAUUUUGAGAAAUUUAGGGCUUAUAGUUCCUUACACAAUUUCUGUUGAUGUACAUGUGAAGCUGAAGCAAAUCAUACCGUGAAUCGCUACUGUCUCAGCUGUUCAUUAGCAAGUAGGGAAGAAUUUCAACUGUCAGAUUACUGCAUUUCUUCAUCAUCAUCAAAGUGUUAUAAAAUAGCAAGACCCCAUCUUCCCUUGUCCCUGUUUGGUUAUGAGCCCCAGUUAUUCUGUCGAAUUUUGCUCAUCCCAGUUCUGAAGUAAUGUUACCGUUUACCAUAGUUACCUAAGAGACAAAAACAUGUCAACCCUCUUAAAAGUUAAAGCCCCCUGUCUCAGAACUUGUUUUGUUGAAAUAUAAGGGUUUGCACAUG